AUGGUGAAGUGCCGGGGUUUCAAGCCCCAAGGCAUGGUUCUCAACCCCAUCCGGCGCGUCGUCUCUAGCGGCCCGUCGUUGAUGGAGAAGCUGCAGCGGGACUCGCGGCCGACUUGGGAUGAGCUGCGGAAGAUGCUGAAGAAGAAAGAAGAGAGCGCCAACGAAUUCUUGGAGCGAUACGAGAACGAGCAGUUCGCAGAUCAACUGGAGCAUUUUCGCAAUGCGAAGAUCGAGGCGCAGGAGAAGCAGCACCUGGAGCUGUUGAGGCAGGAGGCGAAGCAGCGCAGAAAGCGCGCGCGCGACGAUCGGGUCAGUUCUGCAGAGUCCAGCGACGCGUCGAGCUCGAGUGACAGCCGCAGUGCUGACGGCGAGAAGGCGAGCAGCAGCGCGAAGAAGAAGCGAAAGACUGAGAAGAAGAAGAAAGACAAGAAGAAGGAGAAAAAGAAGCACAGAGCGGACAAGAAAAAGAAGAGCAAGAAAUGCGACUCUGGCAAAGACGACGCGGCGGCUGCGGCUGCGCACAACCCGUAUCGUCUGUCGAAUUUUUUCAGCCAAGUCUGCGGCGCGGAAGGGUCCUCCAAGCCCUGA